CUGCAAACUGGAAAGUCCCUGACAACCAGAGAGGCUUCAGUCAGGACAACAGCGCCCAGGGUUUGUCGUUUUAAAUAGCGGAUUUAAAACACCGUGCUCGCUUCGCUGUGUCUCCGGAUAUAAAAUUCUGCGAGGUUGUUUCAUUCGUGAUUUAAAAAAAAAAACAUUUUUUUUCCCCAGCCGAACCGAGUAGAUGCUCCCCUGCGAGUGCUAGCUGCCGUUAGCAGGCUUGCUCUUUGUGUGGCUAGCUGCUAGCUGAGUGAGGGAUGUUUUGUUGUUGUUAAACCGAGCAGCCCUCCCGUCGUCUGGGAGAGGAGAUUCAUCGGCUUGUGUAUGGAAAAAACGCCGUAUCGACGCCUUCUCACUCGCUGACAUUGUCUGCGAGACUGGCCCGUGAACUCCACCACUGUUUUUGACGCUGGUAAAGCGACACCGAGAGAGGGGAGAGUUUGACCGAAGAGGGAGGAGAUGGGAAACUGUCUGAAAUCUCCGACCUCGGAUGAUAUUUCUUUGCUACACGAAUCUCAGUCGGACCGGGCCAGCUACGGAGACGGUGCUGACCCCGACCAGGAGCCACCGCCCCCCUAUCAGGAGCAGAUCCACGUGCCUGUCUACCACCCAACACCCAGCCAAGCACGACUAGCCACUCAGCUGACAGAGGAGGAGCAGGUACGCAUUGCCCAGCGAAUCGGACUCAUCCAGCACCUUCCAAAGGGUGUCUACGACCCGGGGCGGGAUGGCUCUGAGAAGAAGAUCAGAGAGUGUGUCAUCUGUAUGAUGGACUUUGUGUAUGGAGACCCCAUCCGGUUCCUGCCCUGCAUGCACAUCUACCACAUGGACUGUAUAGACGACUGGCUGAUGAGAUCCUUUACCUGCCCCUCCUGCAUGGAGCCUGUGGACGCCGCGCUGCUUUCCUCCUAUGAGACCAACUGACACACAUGCCCACAGACUCCUGUGGACCAGACUGAAAACACACACACACACACACACACACACACACACACAAUAUGCACACACACACACACACACACACAAUAUGCACACAAAUGAACAUGCACACACUUUCAUCUUGCUAACCUGUAUCCUGGAUUAGUAAGGUGUUGAUAUAAAGCAGUGACAAUGUUAAAGAUUUAGGAUGAACUCUCUCUCUCUGUGUGUGUGUGUGUGUGUGUGUGUGUGUGUGUGUGUGUGUGUGUGUGUGUGUGUGUGUGUGUGUGUGUGUGUGUGUGUGUGUGUGUGUGUGUGUGUGUGUGUGUGUGUGUGUGUGUGUGUGUGUGCGCGCUACACAAGUUCCUCAGUUGGCCUGCUGGACAGGAUUGGAGGAAUGAACAGAGUGGUGUUGUUAAGGACAAGCAGGAAGAAGGUGGAUUGAGGAGUUAGACGGGAGCUGACAAUGGGGAAUGAGAUGAUACAAGUGUAAAGGGAAGUUAAGAGGAAUGGAUGACGGUUAACUGAUAUGAUUAAGAAACCUUUCCAAGAUCUGCUUUUUUUUUUAUACACAUACUUCCUUUAUUUAGUCCCUAUCAUUUAAAUGAACUGCGACAGAAUGCAGAAGGAAGGACAUCUGACCACCAUCAUCAGGCUGCAGAUUGUGUUUGUUGGACUGCUGAUGCCUGAUUACUAUAAUGUCAUACUGCAGACAGAGGGAAAACUCCCUCAGAAGAUCUGCCAGAUGCUUUGAUGUGUCUCCACACAGACGCCUGUUUCAAAGUCAUAUCUGCUGCAAAAACUGCCACACAUGGAGAUGUGUGAUUUAAAGACUGCUUAAGAUGGACAUCAGUCUUAAGACUACGAACAUCAGAUAUAUAUUCUGCAGACAUACCGCAGGCCUCCACUCGUCUGUGGGACCCCAGGUCUCGAGUUGUCUGUCUGUAUAGAUCUUUUAGGAGAAAAUUAAGAUUGGUUGGUGGAUUGAUUGUCCUGUGGCUUUGUUAAAUCCGUUCUGUGUUUGUUUUGUCAGUCAGCACAAGGGCUCUGUUGAACCAGUGUUUACCAGCAACACAGGAAUGGCAAAAGGAAAUACAGUAUGUGCUUUAGUCACUAAUGUGAUGGAUGGCUGGUAGACUGUUUCUGUCAAGCUACGGACUCCUCAUGACAGAGAGAUCUCAGAUUAUUGGCUAAAGCACAAGUAGACCAGUUGACAAACUAUUAAUACAAAUCCAAGAUAUUUGCACUUAUUAAUCAGACUUGUGAUAAGAGUUGACCAUUAUGCAUUCAGUAAUUAUGUCAAAGUGAUUUGAUGUGAUUUGCGUUACCUACAUUCUCAUUACCAUUGCAGUGAUUUGUAGUAAAAGUCACUAUCUCUGUGGACCAGGAGUAAAAUCAUAACUUAUUACCGGUGACCUUAAACAAACUACUGAUUUUCAAGUUGUUGCCCCAGUUAUUGUCCAGAUUAUUCAAUUCUGAGGACAAGUCAUAAAAAAAAUAUAUAAACAAUGUUGAGCUCAUGUGUUGCAUAUGUAGAGUCAAGCAAAAGGCAAACAAAACCAGACCCAGCCAAAACCACAGGGGUUAACGCUGUCAGGACACUGGUGGUGUGUCAGUGAAUAUGAAAGAUGAUGCCUACUUUACCCGAUGUGGUCAUUAUCAGCCAUUGCUAACUAUGUUUUCCUCAGUUUAGAAAGGUUAUAUUUAUAACCAUUUUUCACCCAGUUUACUAUUAAAGCACAAAGAGAUCCAGUUGCUCAGUUAUGUUUUCCUUCUCUCCGCUAACUUUCACAUGUAGGUGAGUCAUGCAGGAAAUUCUAAAUCAUUUGAGCCCCUUUGCAUAGCGGGCAUGAUACAGAUCCAACACAGUUUCAAAACAUGCCUUUAGUGAUCUGUGUAUGUGUGUACAUACCUGCGUGUAUGUAUUUGUACUAGGCUUUAUGGCCUUUGUGUGUGUGUGUGUGUGUGUGUGUGUGUGUGUGAGAUAAAUUGGGGGGUGGGGGUGGUGUCAGCACCUUAGUCUUUGCACAGUGCUUUAAUCUACGUAACUCUUUAUGUUGUACAUUGUCCUCCAUCAGUAAGGUGGAGCCUCAUGGCCUUAGGUUACACAUGACUGACUGAGUGAGGGUUGGUAUCAGCUGCUAAAACGUGGAGCAGAGUCCAGUUAACUUAACAAGAAGAGGGCGAUGAUACGAAGACAGUCAAGACUGAAAAUGCUGCUGCCGAGCUGUCAUUGUACAGAUCGUGUCGUAAAGCAUACAAAGGUGUGUCAAGAAUAUUGUCCAACUACAUUGUCAAAACUAAUAAAUAAAUUGUCAGUGUAUUGUGGUGUUUGGAUUGGAUUUCUGUCAAAUCACAUAUUCCUGAGAAGUCCUGUAGGUUUGCACAGCCAGUUCCCGCCUGCUUUCAUCGGCUUUCUGCAAUAGUCCUGCAAUACAGAGGAUGACAGUUUUGGAUACAAUGGCAUUUUUCACAGAGUUUUGAUCUCAGUCUGGACCUAAUCAGGGGUGGGACUGGCAAUGCAGGAAAAUAAACAAUAAACAAUGCCGUGUCAUUAUGCAUGUGUUUGUAUCUAUAAUAGUUCCUCAGAAUAUAAUCAAAGAAUCAGUUUAACUAAAAACAGAAGCCACAUGCAUAGCCUGGGUCAUGUGAGGACAAUCUCCCAAAGUUAUAUACAUUGACUCCCCACGCGUGCCACAAGCACUUUCUGGGGAGUUAACUUAUCACAUAUUUGAGCUCUUAUUCCUAAAUAGAUUUCCCGUCCUGUGCUGAAAGUUCAGUUAGAAAAUGUGCUCACAUCUCCAGGAAAAUGACUCAUGGGUAUCAACACUGAUGGUCUGACAUUCACUAACAAUGAAAUGGCUGCACAGAAUCUUGCUUAAUCACAGGCCAGAUGGAGUUUUGGCUCUGACUUUGAAUCUCGGCAGAGACUUAUUUAUUUAAAAUGCUUCAACUCACAGGAGUGAAAAGUGAAUGCUGAUUUAGGGUGGAUUUUCUGCUUUAAUUACAGGAUUGAACAUGAAGGUUUGCUCAUAUGUGAAUAGGGGUAUGUGUGUUGUAUGUUUGUGUAUGGAUGCUAGUUAGACCUUUCCUUGUUUGUAAGCAUAAAUAUGCAUAUUCUAUGUACUACAGGCAAAUAAUAAAUAGACAUGCAACAGAA